AUGACACGUGUCACGUAUGCCACCGCACAAAAGAUGCGUGCCGCGAUCAGCCACAAGUACGGACGUGACCAUGGACGUGGCACACAACCAUGGCUGGAGGACUCUUUACGACCAGGCCAUUUCAGGGGAAACCCUUCACUCUCUGUCACAGUAUCGCAAUAUAUGAUCAGCCUUGGUCGUCGGAAGGUUCGUGCAGGUGAGGUGGUGACCAGUGCCCGCGCCAUCGAUGAACAAACCAUGAAGGAACUGUACGAGCAUAACAUCAGCUUUGUCGAUGAUGAUCUCGGACCAGCAUCCAAAAAAAGGAAAGCACAGGCACCCCAGAACUGGGCUGGCUCGACCACCCGCUUAAUGCUUCAGUUGAUGUUCAACACGGCCAUGCUCGUGUUGCUUCGCUUCGAGGAAGUCCUUCGGAUCACCUGGAAUGAUGUUCAGUUUGAACACUGUCAACCUCAGCAUCUUCGGCGUGUUCAUCUCAUGCUUCCCUUCCGCAAGACGCAUCAAUAUGGGGGCAUCGUGCCAUUCUACUUGUACGAAAACCGAGAGAAGCCUUGGAUGUGUCCAGUUCGCCUGUGGGCAGCUUGGUGGUGGCGUUGUCGGGAGCUCAACAUUGACGUGAAUGGGUACGUGUUUCGGAAAAAAAUGGGCAGAGAUGGAGUCAGUGCCAGUCCGCACGAUGCAAUGACCGCGGACUCCUUCCUGGAGUGCUUUCGCAAUAAUCUCCUGGACAUCGGCAUUGAUCCGCGGCCCUAUGGCACCCACUCGUUCCGCCGUGGAGGCUGUCAGUAUCUUGCGAUGGUGCUAAGGUGGCCGCUCCGGCAGAUCUGCACAUGGGGAGGCUGGGCGGAGAACUUCGACAACCCUGGAACAAUCUUCAAAUACCUCCUCUCGUGGAAUGAUGCACCUCUCCUCCAGAGAGAAGACUACUUCAACCCGGACCGAGCAGGUAGUGACCCGUGCACAAACUGUGGUCGCACUUGCUCGUGUGCAUGA